AUGACCGUGGACCCGCGCAAGACCGCCCAGGUGCCGGACACGGACAACGCAAGCCUCACGUGCGCGGCGCGGAUCCUCGCGCACGAAUGUGCGGACGCGAAUCUCGCGUUUAUGCGCUGCAAACAGCGCGACGCGAAUCCUCUCGCGUGUCUCGUGCAGGGGGAAAAAGUCACGGCAGCUGUGCUCAAGACGCUCCGUGAGGUGGAGACUCAUUGUGGCGAGACGUUUGCGGCGUACAAGAAGGCGCUGAAGCAGAGUUGGCACCGGAUCGACGAGACGAGGGCGGAACAGGCUGCACUGGAGGACUGCUGGAGACAGCAUAAGGGCUACCAGAGUGCACAGAAGGAGCAGUAA